CAGAGGGCCCCUGACUGGUACGUCGUUCCUGGUCUUGGGAUCUGACUCUUUCUCUCUCUCUCUCUCUCUCUCGUUCACUCACACUCGGUCUCUAUCUGUAUAUUCUCUUUUAAUGUCCUCUGUUCUAUUUGGUUCUUUCUCCUCUUCGCGAGAGAACCGAACGACCAUGAGUCUUCGACUCUUACUUGACUCGGCUCGAGUUACUUCUCUACCUUCUGGCUUCUGCCUCUACCCUUUCUCUUGUCCCUGCCACAGCGCCAUCGCUGCUAUACCCACAACCCGCUGUCGCUCUUUUCCUCCCAACUCCAGCCCUUCCCCUAGCCCGCCUUUUUACCGGUCCAUCCACAUCCGAUCGUGAUCGUGCUGCCGCUCCACGCGAUCCACGCGGCGGCCGAGCGAGGAACACCUUCAGUCGGGACGGGCGAACGCGAUCGUGAGGAUCGAACCGUAAAGAUCGAGCUGGGUUGUCAGUCUCAAUGUGUUAUUUUUGUGCUGUGAGUGUUCUUUCGUCUUGUUUAAAACAUUUUUCGUUUUGUGAUACUCUAAACUUUGUGUGAUAUCAGUCGUUCGGAUAUUCACGGAGGAUUGUUUGUUACGUUUAUUUUUGUUCGAGUGAUAACCUCGCGAUGCAUUAUUUAACGAAAUAGAUGUCACUCCUGGAUUUUUAUAUAUUGACAAAUAUAAUCCAAAGAAUUUAAUAAACGUAUCUCAUGCUCGUACGACUUUAUGGAUUCCAAAUCGUAUAUGUCUUAAUACACAGAGUAGAGGUUCCGAAACGUUUCUUUCCCACGUAUGUACAUACCAUUUAUAGCUCUGACAAAAACUUAUAAUGUCCUACCUUUUUUGCUGGAUUAAAACAGUCUCAACGUACAAGAACUGGCUCGUUCCAGCAAUAGCUAUAGAGACCAGUCAGUUUGAAGAACUUUUAUAAAACUCAAAACAAUCCUCCAAAGGCUCUACACGAACGACUUAAUCAGUGUUUUAAUAACCUAGAUGGCAGCGGUAUCAGUGACAGAAGCAUUCUAACCUGUAAGUUCAAUCCAUACCUACGCGUCGCUGCUUGUCCAACGGCAUCGUAAACCCGAUAAAUCACGUGAUUCGUAGAAAUCAAACGGUACGUGCGUUCUCGUAAAUAACAGUUCCAAGUGUCAGCGAGAAGUCGUUGAGAUAGUGUGAUCCAUAGUUGGUAUCCUGGUGCAAGCAGGAGUCGUGGCAAACCAGAAAACGGUUCUUCGUUUCCCUUAAUGUUCGUUUACGCGAAGUUGCCCAGUGCCAACGCAGUAGUGCAACUGCCAAGAUAAUUUCUGUGAUUUUUACUUCUGCAAGGCCAUCCAGAGAGACGGAGUAGCGUAUCUUUAUUGAUUGCAGUACCUGGAGUUGGUGAUUAAAGUAUUUCAAGUGGAUUAUAAAAAGGGUGAAAAUUUUGGACUAAACGAAGGUGUCAGUGAGGGUUCUGUGAAUAAAAUUGUACCAAGGUUACUCGUAUUGUUAUAAUAAAAAAAAAUAAUUCAAUUUUCCAUCGCGAUAAUUUCGACGUAUUCGUAUAAACUGUCGAGUCCUGUUUUUCAUUAAUUCAGUUGAACGUCCGAAUGUUCGUUGUUACGUGACGCUCGAAGACUCUCGUAAACAAGAUGUGAUUUGAAACGAAGCGUCGGAGAACGAUGAGCGAGGAAAUCAUUCUGAAAGCUUUGUCGGCCGGCGGCAGCGGCGCCGGAAGCGGAAGUAUUCCGUUUGCCGACGAGGAUGGCUCAACAGUCGCCAGUACUCCUGGACGAGGUCAAUCACGGAUCUUCUCGAAGGAGGAAUUGAUAUAUUCUGAUGUGACUCCUCGCGGUGAAGCUACUUCACGAAAUGCGGCCAACUUCACGAGCUUCCGGAAUCCGAUCCUGAAGAGUAACACGGAGAGCAACGUAGCUGGAAAAUAUUGCGCGAGCUCGAACGAGGUCGGCAUCAAUAACAAGGAGGUUUCUGGUACGCGAAUAGCAUUGAAGAAGAGCAGAACAGAUAGCUGCGUACCUGAAGCGGACAAUCCGUUGCAAAGAUACGAGAACGCUUUGCUGAAGUAUCAGAGGAUCAAAGUGCCGCCAAAGAAGCAGAUCAGCCGUGAGAACAGUUAUGGAUACUCGAGCAGUGACGAGAGCGUGAUCAGGAACAAAUCAAAGAGCACCAGCUCGAUAGACACGCAGUCCGUAAAUAACAUCCUAGACGAGUACGAGGAUCUUGACUACAGAAGAUCAUCCGACCUCAGCGACGUGGGCAGCAUAGACGUGACGAACUUCGAGGCAGUAAUGGAUCAGCAGAGACAGAGAGAGAAGUCCAAGAUGAGGAGCCCCAUGGCGCCCGCGGCUAGAAACGCAGGUCCGCCCCUGACGGAGAAACUGCAGCCUCUUUUAAAAGUGAACCAGCAGACCCAGGUGCGACAGCGCUCGCGAGAUCGACUGAAGGACUCCGGGAGGAUCGUCCCGGUGGAGGAGACUUCCGGCGCGAUAGCGGGUUCCGCAGGAAAGACAUCGGCGGAGACGGAGAGCAAUGAAAAUUCUGUUGGCAAGGUGCCUGAUCUGCUGAUGAGGAAGGGCGAGGUGCAGAAGAGAGUGGAUGAGUGGCUAAGUCAGACCCAGAGUCAGAACUUUGUUGGCGUCAAAGACAAGGUCUUGGUCAGGUCUAACAGCAGUGCCGACUACAGGUACAGGAACAGUUCUAACUCGAGAGCGAGAUCGGUCGAGGAGGCUGGCGAGAAACUGAACGGUACUGUGAGCUACGAUGAUCUUAACAGAGAAGGUAACAAGGGCGAGGUCAAGGCGGACAAGGUCAGCAUUGGCGUGAACACUAGCAGAGGCACUUACAAGGAGUACCUGGCAGCUAGGAGUAAAAUGAAGCAGAACGACUACGGGUUCAGCGGGUCGAACGGUACCAGGUCAACCAGGGACAUGAGUCCUGGUACGACGUCGAAAAUUCCUCAGAGAGGAUUCUCGAAUUCGAGUUUUAGAUCGAGGAAGACUGAGCUCAGUACGGACUCUGCGGAUUCAUCCAAGAUCACUUGUAGUUUCGACUCACGUGUCACUCGGGAGAGGAGCAAGGUAACGGAGAACAGGCUUGCCAACCAAACAAAGUCCCGAGCCGAGCCGGAGCCUGGGAAAGCCACGUCGACGAUCAUUCCCAGUAGGCGUCCGUCUUUCAAGCGGACGCAGAGCGUCAAUCAAAGAGCCGGGGUGCUUAUUAAGGAGGAGAGGAGCCCGCGAGCAAGGCCCACCACCGUGUCCAGCGAGAAGGGCCCGUCGAGCGGGGACCGUGCGGCCCAGCUCACGGGCCAGCUCACGGGCCAGCUCGCGGCCCUACCAAAUAUGGACGGAGAAAGUCAGCGCCCACUUCUCCCGUGCGAGGCACCGGUCUCUGAUGCCGAUCGAACCGAUCCGGGGAAGCCAAUGGAGGGAUCGUAUCGCGACGAGCGGAACCUUAAAAAACUAACGACGGAUUCCGUGGAGCCCGAACGAACGGUCAAGGAGCGCGUGGCUGUCCGCUCCUCUUGCAAAGUGCAGCCGAAGAUAGAGAGCUCAUCGAGGCUGGAUAGCAUUUAUGGACCGGUCGAGCCACCCCGAUUACGGACUCUUCUUCAUGGUCAGGUUGAAUCUAGCAAUAAAGAACUAGAAAACCAGUCCCAGCUGGCGCCGAUACCCAGAACCUUUCAAGGUCCGAAUGCUUUCGAAGGUAGGAAACUACCAGCCAUCCCAAGGAAAGAUCAAUCACAGACGGGUAACGAGAAUUAUGUAAAGUGCACGAUCAUCAAUCCCGUGUCGACCUUCAAACCGAACAAUGCCAUGUACGCGACUCUUCAGCAACCCAGUGAACAGAACUCAUUUGCUACGACUAUAGUGAACGAGUCGGUAACUAGGUCCCAUUACGCGACGCCGAAACACAUUGAGAAGAUUUACGAGCGAGCACAGCCGCAGGUGAUCCACGCCGACGACCUGGAAUCGAUUCUAAAACCUGUCGCGCUUCCGUCCGCCUACGGUGACAAACUAUUAGCCAACGAACGUAAAGUCCACGUGGCUAACGACGUGGGAAACUCCCGUGGGCAGAGCGACGACGAAGACAUCUACGAGAAGAUCUCAGACGUUCGUUUCGAACAGUUGGAAACAAUCGUCGAGGAUCAGAAGAGCGACAACGACGACUGCAGGUUCCCGGAAAUUGGUCUUAGCCAGUGUCUGAAGGUCCAGCAAAAGAUGCCCAAUGGGAAAGUUAAGAGUUCCGGUUUUACCGAGAGCACAGGGAAAGAUGCGAUCUACGCGAAACCCUGGGAUCAGACUAUGAUCCUGAACGAUCCACCCAAGACGUUCAGUACCUUCCAGACUCAUCAUCAGGACAGCGCUACCAGGCUGAAUCAUGUUAAUCAAUCUCGAAGAACCUGUCCUGCCGAGACAAACGAGUCUGAAGGACUCUCGGGCAAGGUCAGGGAGCAGAAUUCCGAGCCGUCUGAAGAUAUGCAGGAAAGCUGCGACGGGAACUCACUCUACGAGGUCAGAAGUACCUUGAGGCUAACUAGAGAACAGUUAGGGAACCACUCUCGGGAGGGAAGCAGUCUAUCAAGCUCCACUGUCCCUCUUGAGAACCUCAAGUCUGAUUCGCAACGAGAGAUCGUUAUGGAUAAUCGUCUCUGUUCGCGACCGGUCGACGACAUCUCUGUGGGUGAGUCAAGAUCAGUCUUAGAAAAAAAAUGCACGGACGAUACCGUCCAAUUAGCUAAUCGUAUUAAUCGAAAUAAAUCGGAACGUGAUCUGGAGGAGCGUGACAAUGAACUUUCUAUGAAAGACAAAAUCGAUCUUCAGCCACCGAUAGUGAGUGAAAUACUUGUGAAGACUCUUAAGUUCAAACAAGACUUACCGAUCGAUUUACCAAAAAUAUCCGAACCUGUUUUACCGACCAAGCAGUUCAACUUCCACAAUGUCCUGAGCGACGACUACGACAAGAUUCUCGCUCAAGACGCAAUGAGACUCAAGGAGAGCAAGGUAUAUGUGACCAAAGAGGAAAUGGAGCAUCAGAAGCUGAUGGACCUGUUGAAGAAAGGAGACUACGACGCGGUGAAAUCGAUUCGGAUAACCCUGGACUCUAACUGCAGAACACCCACCACCUCGACCGGCAUCGGAUCCUCGAUAACGGAUGAGAUAUGGACCUCAGCCAACGAGAGGAAGUUCUUUCGGACGUCGACUACGUCCACCGGGAUCGGAUCGUCCCUGAAUCUUCAGGAUAACAACAGAUCGCUAGAGUCGAGGGAUGGAGAUUUUUACUCGACGGAUAUCGAGGACUCAAAGGACACGUAUCGUAGAUUCUAUCCGAACACACCGACGACCUCGGGUCUUGGAUCUUCGUCGGACAGACAGUCGGUCGAGACGCAGCGCUCCAGAGACCUACCGGAUCACCUUUGGGCGGCGGCCAUGGAAGACGGUUUCUCGAGGUUCAACGCCAUGAAGUCACUUCAGACCAUCACCCGGCAACCGAGACCAAAUCACGAUUGGGUAAGGACCGAGAGGAUCUCGCGAUUCACCAAGCACAGGACGAUCAGCCAGUCGCCUCAGCGCGAGCAGGAAAUUUGGACGACCACGUUGAACGACGCGAGCGUCUCGGGAUACGCGACCCAGAGGAACCCGAUGGCUCAUAGGUGUCACCAUCAAGCCAGACGUAGCUUCUCCACGUCCAUCGUCGCCGACCUUGCCGUCACGCCUAAUGGCUCGCAGCAGAGCCUGGGAAGCGGAGAAUUUCUGGAGUUGGAGAGGAGCUACACUUUGUCGACACCCGGGGGCAGCAGUCCUGUUUGUUGUCCACCCUGCAGUCCACCCCCGGCACCGGCAGCCUAUAUAUCCAGCGCCAGGGCGUCUUCACGACGGCUUGGCGUCGGAAAUGCUCUCGGAGGAGCACCCUCCCCUGAACGGGAUCCCCUGGGGCGUCUUUUAAGAUUCCUGAAGACCUUCUACAGGGAACUCGGUACCAGGGAUCCACCACACUUGCCCCAAUGGGCAUUGCCUCUACCCCUUGGCACCCUGUGUCCGGCACACUUUCAGCCCCACCUGCAGCUGGUGCACAAGAGCGAGCAGGAACAUCUUCUCGAGAAUAUCAGACCAGAGCAAAUCUUCGCUCCCGUCAGAUUGAGCGACGGCACCAUCGCCGAGGCGCCGCGACGCGUCGCCGUGGAAGGCGGUCCAGGUAGCGGAAGGACGACUCUUUGCCUGAGACUCUUACAUCAGUGGGCCACUCAGGGUGAUGGACCAGCUCUGGCGUUCAUCGUGCCACUUCGCGAGCUCAGGGGUAGCCCUCUGCUGAACUACCUGGCCAGGGAACUGUUCCCGAGGACAGCUGCUCUUGGGGAUGCUGUAGCUCAAGUAUGGAGAACUCUUCAUCUCAUAGAGGACCGGGUACUCUUCGUUCUCGAUGGCUACGACGAGUGCGUAGGCGGAAGAGCUUCUCUUGGGGAUGCCGUCGAUCUUCUCGAGGGUAGACUCUUCCCGGAUGCGAGGCUUCUAGUCACCUGCUCGCCAAAUAAUUCUCCGACCCUUUCGCCCCUGGUCCAGAGGAGGAUCCACCUGGCGGGUCUCGAGUGGCCCCACGUAGAGAGACUCUGCGUGGCCUACUUCAUUCACAACGAUGUCGCUGAACGUGCCUGCGAGUUCCUGGAGGCCCUUAACGUGCAGCCACAGGCUGUUAAGCAGCUGGGCCAACAUCCACUGGGAUGGAUCAUGCUUUGCUCCCUCUAUCAGGACUCGGGCAGCUUACCUACGGAGACCAGUGCUCUGGUGCAAGCUGCUGUUAAGUGCAUCGUCAAGAGGAGCCUCGACCCGCCCGUCCCGUAUAACGAGGAAAUUCCAGGCCACUGUAGGAAGAGACUCGAGGACUUCGGGAAGCUCUCCUUGGCUGCGUUGAGGGAAGGUCGCUGCUGCUACACGGAGGCCGAGUUAAGAGCCCGCGGGGGUGGAAUCGAGGUUACCAGGCUGGGCUUCCUCACGCGAGGACUCACUUUCGGCCAAAGACGAAAACCCGAUCUGUACACUCCCAUUCAUAUGGCUGUCGCUGAGUUCCUGGCCGCGUACUACCUCACCUCCGUAGCUCAGUAUGCCAACAUAUUGCGACGGGAACUGGAGGGUCUUCCAGGAGGCAUCAUCAGCCAUCUGGCAGGUCUGCUAGGACCCAAGACCCACCUUAUUCUGAACCAGUUGUGUCCCCUCGAAGUCCCACCGCGGGCAGUGUUUUCUCUCCUGAAAGCAGCCGGUGCAUCGGACGGCAAUAUUUCUGCAGUCUGUAGGCUCGUCGGGGCUGGUCCUGGAUUUGGUCCUGCGCCCAACGAGAGGCCACCGUCUCCCCUGGUACACACGGUUCCCUUGGAGCUCGAAGGAUGGGCAAGAAUUUUAAAAUCAGCAGCCUGCACCCUGGAAGCACUCGAGCUUGUUUUCCAAAUCGAGAGAGGAUCCGAUCCAAGAUACUUGGACGAGUUCUUCGAGGCUCUUGCUGGAAACGAGAGCGUCAAGUUAGUCAGGAUCACGUCGCUCCUGGGACAGGAGUCUUCCACCGAAGAGGCACAGAGAUUGGCUGGACAUCUUAAAAGUGUCCUUGGAAAGAAGAAACUGAACGACUUCGAGCUGGUCAUCACGUGUCUGGAGGAAUCCGCCCACGAUGGAUUGGAGUGCGUGGUGAACGCCCUGUGCCGUGGUCUGAGCCAUGCUUCAGUUCACCUGGCCCGGCUGGUCCUCGACAUGAAUCUGUCCGGGAAACAAGUGUCCCGGGUGUGCGAGGCUCUUCGCGAUUGCGUCCAAGUGCAGGCAUUGCACUUACCGCACUUAAGCUGCGGCUGCGAAGGGCUGGCCUCGGUCGCCGAGUUACUCAAGGAGAGACCACUGUUAGCACUGAACAUCGCUGGAUGCUGGGGAGCCAAGAACGAGGAUCCAUCGAGCUCUGGAAUCAGCUCAGGAUCAGGUUCUGGUAGCAGUGGCUGCGCAUCCAGCACCCUUGGCACUUUGCCCUUGAAUCGUUGCUGCUCGUCACUUCCACGUGGCGCUCUCGCGGCCUACGGAAGUCUCACGAGACCUGCGACACUUCCGAGACUUCCGUUCGGCUUAGGACUUGGUCCAGGACCGGUUAACGGAACGGGCCCUCUACCGGUGAACGAUAGAGACAGAGAUAGCAACGGCAGCAGCAAGAGAAACAGCGACAGCGUUCUUUGCCACAGAGUACCUCUGCUACAUCCUCUUCCAACCUGCGACGCCUCCAGCCAUCAGGGCACUGGCUUUCACGAGAUCUUCAAUGCCAUCAGGGAACCCAACUGUAAACUUCGAUCCCUGAACGUGUCGAAGUGUCUCGUCGGUGGCCUGGACGCAGAAUGUCUCGGUGAGACCAUCCGAAAAGCUAGGAACCUUGACGCCCUGAGGGCUGCCGGUGCUUCCAGACCAGCAGACGUAAUGCCGCUCGUUAAGGCUCUCAUGGAAGCUCCCUGUCUUCAACUUUUGGACCUGGCCAGUUCUCGCCUGGCCCUCGACGACAACCCUUCCAGACUUCUGUGCCAUGCCCUCGUAAGGAACGGAACUCUCAGGCUACUCAGUCUCGAGGGAUGGACUUUUCGAAUAGAGGAGUCUGACAGUCUGGCCCUGUUCUCGGAACUUCUUCGAUACACCAGCGUGAGGGAGCUCAACCUGUGCAACGCAAGGCUGCACCUAGCCGUCCACGAGGGGCCCCUGGCGCGACUGGGACGUCGCGACGACGCGGGUGCUGAACUUCUGAGGGCUGCACCACCAGCUGCCUGCCCUGUCAUCGUCUUCCUGAGGCUGGCUGGCUUUCAAGUGACGGUGAACGACCGACUGGCUCUACGCGGACCCCUCCUGCUACCUUUCCUGGCUGGAUUCACCGCGUUGAGCGAACUGGAUCUCUCCUUGGAUAAAUCCGCUAUUGGCGGUAGCAGCGACACUUUGCUUUUUAUCGACGACAAGAUACUGCAGCAGUUCUUUGGAUGCUUGUCGUCGCACUUCCGGAAUCUGCAGUCGCUCAGCAUAAAUUUCUGGAGGAUCAGUCUGGAGGACAGCGACAAAACUAUGCGACAGAUAGCGAAGUAUCUCAAACUUUGUAAUCUGAGCUUCCUCAGGGCUAAUGGUUUAAACGUGACCGACAGCGCGAAGAAGGUCCAGAUGGAGCACAUCUUCGUACAAACUCUUCUUACCAAUCUUCAGUAUUUAACGUGGCUGUGUCUCGACGGCGUCGACCUCACCGAGACGCAGGCGUCCAGCGUUGGUAAAUGCGUCCGCGAUAGAUAUCCUGGAACGAAUCUCGAGAUCAGCGCGAAGGAUGUGAACGUCAAAUCUGUAAAGGCACUGGUAGCGGCCAUCGAAGAGGGUGGAAGAGCCGAGGUCCUGUAUACGGGAGGAUCAAAUUGUCGACUGAAGAUCACAAAGCUACAGAAAAAUGGACGUAAUAAGAAGAAGUGAAGGAUUUACGGAGAUCAAUCAUACUGCGAUAUCUUGAAAAUAUUGUAACUUGGACCAUAAGGUGAAACGAUCUCGUUCACUCGCGCAUAUUCUCUGGAAACCCAGCGCAAAGUAGUCAACUGUGACGUAAGGGUCUGAUAAAGAGGAAGUAACGAAUAGGAUGGAGAUGGGCCCGACUGACUCGAACGCACGUUAUCGAUCGUGCUCUUCGAUUCUAUAUACCUAAUGGCGAUUAUGAUCUGCCAAGCCUGAUAAAAUUAAAACCGUAAGAUCGGCACGGGUUAUCCUGAUAAGGAUUGUUUUUUAUUCCCUUAUUGAUUGUACAUCAAGAGAAAUCAGUUUUUGGGUGUACCCAUGUCCGAUUACACGGUAUAAUUUUAGUCUUACUGUGAUUUCAUUUAUAUACAGGAUCGCUUUCCUACAGUGUAGCGGAUUUCUUUUGAAGAAACCUUUAAGGAUGCCCUCAUUAACUUGUUAGAGUUGGGUAACUUUUGAAGCCAUUUGAAAAUAAGGGUGGAACCGAAAGAGAGAGGAAAGAGAAUAAGAAAGAAGGGGGUUCUGUUUGUAGCGAGAACCUCUGCGAAGGAUUUUAGUUAGAAGGUUGGGGUGAGAUUCAAUAGGAUUUUUUAAUAAAUUUUUUCGAGAGACCAAGAUAAUCUGAAGGCUAUUGAAGAGGCUGUUACAACUAUAGGUACGUACAUUGUUGUUAGAUGGAUUGUAAAAUACAAACAAGACAGAGUAAUAUAUAUGAGAUUAACGGAUAAUCUAAAAAGAGAAAUAAACAAAAGUGAAAUGGAACUUGCCGGUGACGUUGUUGGAAACUUGGAAAUUUUAUUCGAGUAAAUUUUAAACCGUAGAUCAUCAAUUGAUUACGAUUAUACCUAUAAGAUAAUAUAUAUAUAUAUAAAUAUAUAUGAUUAUUCUCUGAUAAAAUAUUAUAUAGUGCGAAGGCUAUAUUGUAUAAAGUAAUUUUACGGAGUACUUUGUAAAAUUGACUGCCAAACGACAUCCUUAGAUUAAUGAAAGGUUAACGGAAAGAAUUAUGAAAAGAGAGAGAAGAAAUUUAUCGCGAGUAUUGUAAAUUCCCCAUUAUCGAAAAUUCACCUAAAUUUGGUUAAGAUAUCGAGUGAUACAAUAGCAUUUCUAGAGAACGCAAUCGCUUCCGAUAGCCCAAGGCUUUAAGGAAAUAAUAAAAAAGAACAGAUCGAAUUAAUACAUUUUUUUUCAAAUUUCAUCCAAACCGACUAUCGUGGAUAUAGCAGAUGUUUGCCUACAGGGUGCUCCAAGAGUACUAAGGUAUAUCCUUCGAAAAUUGAAAACAACAGUAACAAGCUUAGAAAUGAUAUCCGAAAUAUCGUGAUAUAAUAUACAUAUAUGUCAUCCAAUUUAUAAAAAUUAUAUUUUUUUUUCGACCCCCCAAUAUUCAAUGCCUCGAGGUUCGGUAAAAAAUUUCAAUUAUUUCCGAUCGCUUUAUGCCGUUGUUAUUGUAAAAAUAUACUUGAAACCUUUCAGCGUGUUUACGAAGAGAAUCGAUUUGCGUUACGGAAAAUCGCGCACCCAUAGCUAUAGGUAUAUCUCGACUAAAGCGUUUACAAUGACUUUUUUCAUUUUUGAUAGUUUGCUAUGUAAAUAAGAUAUAUCGAUUGAAAAUUCCUCUAUGAAAAAAAAAGACACGAAUUAUUUGUGCAAUUUCUCGCCAAUUUAAAUCACGGCGAGUAAGCCCAAUAUUCAUUGAGACUAAAGCUGAUGCUACAUAGGUGUGAAUGGCCUGCCGGCCAUCUUGAUACUAUCAAAUCAAACUUUGUGACAUCAGCUUGAGCAAUUUUAUUAUACAAUAUUUAUGUAUUUAUAUGUGUACACAUAUCCUCCAAAUAAAUGUAAUAUGUGUUUGA